GAUCCUAUGUUAAAUUCUGAACCUCACCUAGAAUGGCAUUGUAUAAGACAGGAACAACUAGAGUAUGCAUCAAGAUAUGUGUAUAAAAAUAACCAGGGGAUCGCCUUCGAUGCCACUGUCUGCUGGCCAUAGCCUCACCUGCCCACCUGUGCCCCCACCUCGGGCGCUGAGUUCACCUCAUGUCCCCCCCACGGUCAUGUCCGAGUCCCGAAGCAGCCCUGAGUACGCCUCCUUCUUCACCAUCAUGGGUGCCUCGGCCACCAUGGUCUUCAGUGCCCUGGGUGCCGCCUAUGACACGGCCAAGAGCAGCACCAGCAUCGUGGCCAUGCCUGUUAUGCGGCUGGAGCUGAUCAUGGAGUCCAUUAUCCCCGUGGUCAAGGCUGGCAUUGCCAUCUGCGGCCUGGUGGUGGCUGUUGUUGUUGCCAACUCGCUGAUGGAGGACAUCCCUCUCUUCAGGAGCUUCCUGCAGCUGGGCCCCGGUCUGAGCAUGGGCGUGAACGGCUUGGCGGCAGGCUUUGCCAUUGGCAUCGUGGGGGACUCUGGAGUGCAGGGCACUGCCCAGCAGCCCCAGCUCUUCGUGGGCAUGAUCCUCAUCCUCAUCUUUGCCGAGGUGCUGGGCCUCUGCGGCCUCAUCGUUGCCCUCAUCCUCUCCACCAAGUAGCUCCGCCCCAGCCCACCGGCCGAGAAUCCAAUGUAAAGACUGACUUGCAUGCCCGGGUCAGCCAACCGCCCAGUAGCUGGUCUUGUACUCAUGCCGUGUCUUAGUGCCCAUGGUCUGUCAUUCCCAGCCUUGCCCCUGCCUGCCCCAGGCAUGGCCAUCAGGCCCAGUCAUCCCUCCAGAGCCUGGCCAGCGACAUGCAGGCCCCUGGCCACCCCCAUCUCCCCGAGUGCUCUGUGCAUACGGAUGAAUUAGAGCUGUCACUUUUCUCUUCACUGGAUGUUUGUUUAUAAAAGAUUUGACCUUUUCAUGCGUGGUGGAGCUGCCCUUGUCUCCCACCCAUGUAGUAACCUUAGGUAGAGUGUGUUUGCCAUGUGACACUCCCUUGGAUAUAGCGGCGCUGCCCUCCUGCUCUGGAUGCCCAGGCCUGCACGGGAGCUGUGUCCAAUAAAGUCCUUGGAUGUGGGGAAAAAUAUAAUAACAACCAGGGUACUGUAUCAUAUUUUGGAUUACUGAUCCACACAAAAAUGGGCACGGCUCUAAGGGUAAGGCCAGUUAAAAAUAAUUUUGAAUGUAAUAUUUUCCUGUGAUCAGUUAUUCUAGUAGAGCAGACCAUUUGGCUUUCAUUAUUGGAUUUUACUGUGAAAUGUACUGGGGUAUCUAAAAGCCCCUUAUUUAUUCUAUUCCACUUAAAAUUCAUCCCAUUAUAGAAAUACAUUCUAUAAAUCCUGAAAUAUUGUGGGACUGAGAAGCAGGGUGAUGAAGAUACUUCUAUGGAAUUUUUUUUCCUUUGCCCCUCUAGAUCAAGUAAUUAUAGUAAACUUUUUUUCCUAAGUAAUGUAUUCUAUUAAAAAUCAUAGGUAAGCAAAGUGAGUAAAGGAGAAAUAUGGCACCAGCAUCUGGAAAACAGGGCAGGAUAAUUUUAGCAAGUUUGACAGAAUUUGUUUUAUUAAAUGUCAGUUUUUUUUAAGGUCCUUUUAAAUUUAUUUGCAUUCAAACAUUCCCUUUGAGGGAAAGGUACUGUAGGAAUUAGGUAACAUAGGUUCUGAUUAAUGCUGUUGUCUGAUUUGGGAAGGGUGCAGGCAGAAAUCUGUUGACAGUUUACUAUGUACCUUGAGAUAUGUGGUUAUUUAAUGACAAAUAGUAAAGAAAUAGUUUGUGUUUUUAUUAGAAUUUAUCUCUAAGUAGCUUUCACAGAAACACAGAAUUUUAAUCCCAAUUUUGAAAUGACAUAGCAUAAUUUGCCCUUUUGCAUUAUAUCCUGUUUAAAGAAUUUUGGGCCAAUAGAUAAAAUUCAAAGUUGACAUAAACUGAAGGAUGUAGAGUGAAAUAAUGUUAAGUGGCAGACUCUUAUUUCAACUCGUAAUAGGGAGAGACCUUGAUGAUGUUUAUUCCAGGAAUAUGGCUGUUUGCUUCUAUCCUAUUUAGGUUUUUUGCAUCUGGAAAGUUGAUUUUGGUAAUUUUGAACAUCAAUUUUAUAUUAAUUAGUUGCAGUAUUACUUUAUUCCUUUGGUCUUCCAGGAUGCUGAUUAGCUAAAACUGAUUUUGCUUGUGCUAAUUAUAU